AUGAGUACCGCCGCGUCCCGUGCCGCCGUUCUCAACAAUUUCUUUCAGAACAUCAAGACCAUUGGAGGCAAUGCAUGGGAGGAUGCGCUCCUAGACAAUGCACGCCGCGUCAGUACACCGCUCGCUAUAGUAAUGCUGAACCAAAUGGGGCUCGGCAAUGACACCAACGCCCCUUUCAAGCUCCUCGAGAAUGCUUGUGGCGUCGGCGUGGUCGCGCCAGUCUUGCAGCAGAUCAUCAAGCCCGAGGUGUUGAGGAAGAGCAGCAUCCUCUGCGGUGACUUCUCGGACCAGGCUAUCGAGCUGGUGAAGAACCGGAUCACACGUGAGGUUUGGCUGAACACCGAGGCGACAACGGUCGAUGCUCAGAAAACUGGCCUUGCCGAUUGUACCUUCACUCACGUCGCCACCAACAUUGGUUUCCACGUCGUGCCCGACUCUGAAGCUGCCUUGAACGAGGCUAUCCGAAUCCUCCAGCCCGGCGGCGUCCUUGGGUUCACGACUUGGCACAAAGAACCGGGCUGGAUGGUUGAUGUCAAGGAAGCCUUCACGUCCUUCCCUUUCGAAGCGCCCUGCGAGAUGCCACUGCAGAGCAGCCGUUGGGGCGAUUGGGCCGAUGUCAACUGGAUCCGCAAAACACUUGCGGGCAAAGGACUGCAGGAUGUCAAGGUCGACUUGUUCGCCUAUCUCACCCGUGUGGAUAGUGCCGAGUCCUUUCUGGCAACCUUUGGCGUCAUGAUGGACGUGAUCAUGAACGGUUGUUGGUCGGAGGAGCUGAGGAAGCAACACCCCCGGGACGAGGUGCAUGCGAUGGUGAGGGAGUUUCUGGAGAAGAAGUAUGGACGCGAUGGCUGGGAGUGCAGCUGGAUUGCCAUCAUCGCCAGCGGGAAGCUGCCUGCAGAUGCGCGCGUCUGA